UCAAAGAAAAGUGACCUUAAGCUAAUCCCGAGUCAUUAAAUUAACUUAUAAUUAAUUAGAGCCAGAAAUAAACAAAUAAAAUUCCCCCUUUUUCCAUUUUUACUUGAAAAAAAAAGCUGAGAACUUUCACUGUUUCUCUCUCUAAAAACCCAUCUUCUGCUAGUUUUUCCAUCUGGGUAUUGUAAAUUCCACUUCAUUUUUACUUCUUUAACAAAUGGGCAUUUUCAAUUUUUGAUUUUUAAAAUUGUUUUGCAUCAUUAUUAUUAUUGCAGAUCCCCCCUUUCUUUCCCUGUCAUACUAUUAUUUGGAUAGCGCGUAUAAAUUGGGACUCAAAAUUUCAGUUUUCACACACAAUAUAAUAAAAAUUUAUAAAGAGGAAAAAGGAGCUGAAUUUAUUUAAUUUAUUUAUUUAUUAAUGGUGAUAGAGCAUUAAAUGCAAAGCAUGUAGUGCUUCUUUUGCACAACAAUAGUAAUUGCAGAGGUGAUAGGAAAGUGAGUAGUGUAGUAAUUAAAACUUAGUACUAAUAAAGUUUGCGUUUCUUUAGAUUUUGUUUUUCUUGUAAUUACUCAGUCACUAUAUAUAUUCUCUAACGACUUCUUUUCAUCAAAGAAAUCUGUUUUUCUGAUUCCUGGUUUUCUGGGUUUGCUGGAUUUCCACUUUAGUGAAAACAAUUAAAGAGGGAAAGAUUGAAGAAGAAAAAUCGCAAAUUUUGAAUUUCUGGGUUUUUUUACCCUUUCAUUUCUGCUCAACUGGCUCAAACUUCAAAUUCUCAGGAUAAACUUUCAGUAUAAAAAUGUCACGGCCUCUCCAUAGAGGCAUAUCUGGUGAUCAACGACGACUUUCUGUCGGUAGCAACAAUGGUUAUCAUGAUUCCCAGAACUCACAAAUGAAAGAAAAACCCGAAAAAGAUGAAACUCGAGCAAGUCGUUCUUUAUCAGACCAAAGCCAUUCAUCAGUAAAAUUACAUUUCCCUCCUUCAAAGUUGGUUGUAAAUGAAAACGGUUUCACAACAGAGUUAUUCAAUGGUGGAAGUCCAAGAACUCGGCACAAGUUAACCUUACUUCUACUCAGAAUCAGUUUAGUUCUCAUAGUGAUUCUUGCUUUAACCGGGUCAUUUUGGUGGACAAUUUCAAUUACUACAUCAUCAAGAGGUCACAUUUACCAUAGUUAUAGGAGGUUGCAGGAACAGCUUGUGUUUGAUCUUACAGCAAUCAGUGAACUUUCUCAAGGUCCGGCGAAAUUGAGAGAAUUAGACUUCUGUUCGGGGGAAUAUGAGAAUUUCGUGCCGUGUUACAAUGUUUCGGAAAGUUCUGCAUUAGGUUAUGCUGAUGGUGAUGAAUAUGAUCGUCUUUGUGCGCAUAGUUUGAAGCAAAAUUGCUUGGUUUCUUCUCCAAAGAACUAUAAGUUACCUCUUCGAUGGCCUACUGGUAAAGAUGUGAUUUGGGUUGCUAAUGUUAAGAUUACUGCUCAAGAAGUUCUUUCUUCUGGAAGCUUGACCAAAAGGAUGAUGAUGUUAGAGGAAGAACAGAUUUCUUUCCGUUCUGAUUCACUUACAUCUGAUAACAUUGAGGAUUACUCGCACCAAAUUGCAGAAAUGAUUGGGUUAAGAAGUUCUUCCCAUUUUAAACAAGCAGGGGUGAGAAAUAUCCUAGAUAUAGGAUGUGGAUAUGGUACGUUUGGAGCGCAUCUCUUCUCAAAAGAGUUACUGACCAUGUGUAUUGCGCCUUAUGAAGCUUCAGGUAGCCAAGUACAACUCACACUUGAAAGAGGUUUACCGGCGAUGAUCGGUUCCUUCACUACUAAACAGUUGCCAUAUCCGUCUCUUUCUUAUGACAUGCUGCACUGUGCGCGUUGUGGCAUUGACUGGGAUUUGAAGGAUGGUUUAUUCUUAGUUGAGGCUGAUAGAGUCUUGAGACCCGGCGGAUAUUUUGUCUGGACUUCACCUCUUACCAAUGCCCGCAAUAAAGUGAAUCAGAAAAGAUGGAAUCUUGUUCAUGAAUUCACUGAGAAUCUAUGUUGGGAAUUGCUAUCCCAACAGGAUGAAACUGUUGUGUGGAAGAAGACUACCAAAAGGAGUUGCUAUUUUUCUAGGAAACCGGGUUCGGGCCCAUCUGUGUGCAGCAAAGGUCAAGAUAUUGAAUCUGCAUAUUACCGCCCGCUCCAAAAGUGCAUUGGUGGAACUCAUAGCAGCCGUUGGCUUCCCAUUGAGGCAAAGUCAACUUGGCCAUCUCGGGCCAAAAUGAACAGAAAGGAACUUCAACCUCAUGGACUUCAUCCAGAGGACUUGGCUGAAGAUAGUUCAACAUGGAACUCCGCAAUCCGUGAUUAUUGGACUCUUCUCUCACCUUUGAUCUUCUCAGACCAUCCAAAACGACCUGGUGAUGAGGACCCUUCUCCACCUUACAACAUGCUUAGAAAUGUGCUAGACAUGAAUGCUCGGUUCGGUGGUUUUAAUGCUGCUUUACUGGAUACUGGAAAAUCUGUGUGGGUCAUGAAUGUUGUACCUACAAGCGGUCCCAACUACCUUCCCUUGAUUCUGGACAGAGGUUAUGUUGGUGUAUUGCAUGACUGGUGUGAAGCAUUUCCAACAUACCCUCGAACUUACGACAUGGUGCAUGCUGAUGGUCUCCUUACUCUAGAAGGUUCCCAGCGCAGAUGUAAUACUUUUGAUAUUUUUGUUGAGAUUGAUCGAAUUCUUCGACCCGAGGGAUGGGCAAUUUUCCGAGACAAAGCAACCAUAAUCGAGUCUAUGAGACCGCUUGUAGCACGACUCAAAUGGGAAGCUCGAGUUAUCGAAAUCGAGAGUAACAACGACGAGAAGCUCUUCGUCUGCCAAAAGCCUUUCUUCAAGAGGCACACAAGUCAAUAGAGAGAGAUUCAAAAGUCAACGACUAUGAAGCCUUCUUAAGGGUUAGCUACUUGUGAUUAAAACAUUGAUUCAUUAUACCACGACACAAAGUCAAAAUAGAGAGAGAUUCAAAAGUCAACAGGUUUUUGGAACAAGAAGAAGAGAAAAGCUCAGUAUACAAUAUAUUUUCAUCAUUAGUUUGAAGCCAAAGGCAACUUAUAGGGCCCUUGUAAUUACGCGAUUUGAGGCAUUAAUUUCAAGUACAGGGUGAAAAAAAAUGCGUUCUGUACUCUUUUGUCUCGGUUUUUUUUAAAGUUAUACGGACUAGCAGAAUAAGCAAAGAGCAUCUGCCGCAGUAUAUAUGAUACUGCGGCAGUAUAUAUUCAUUGUAGAAAGCUUUAUUUAAAAGGAAUUCAUUUAGUAAUAUGCAAGUCUUGUUACACAAAAGUUGGGAGUACUUGUUGAAUGGUAUAUUUUGAAGAAUUAUCAAACCAUAUAGUUAUGGUUUUUGCUGA